AUGUUGAAACUCCUAGCUCUUGGAGCGUUGUUGCUGAUUGCUACCACUCACGCCAAUCCCGUUGUUGUGGGGAAUGCCGAAGCGGCGGGAGACCCUGAACCUGGAACGCCUGCUAAUGAAGAAAAGAAACAGGAGGAAUCUGAAGAAGAAGAAGAGGAAGAGGGCGAAGACGAGGAGGAGGAGGAAGAAGAAGAAGAAGAAGAGGAAGAAGAAGAAGAAGAAGAAGAAGAAGAAGAAGAAGGAGAACAGGGAGAAGAAGGACCAGCAACAGCAAAUAACCAACAAAAUGAACCACAAGAUAAUGGAAAAAACAGCGGAGUUGAAAACGGUGGCUCGCAAGAUGUUUCAGUUGCUCCUGAGUCUCCACUUCCACCUGAUGCGGAAUCUCCCGUUGUUGCUCCCAGACCUGACGUAAGCUUUUCAUCGUUUGAAUUCACUUACAAGGCGUUUCCACAGCUCUACAAAUAG